AUGAGAGCUUUUGUGUUACUGUCUUGUUUGGCACUCGCCGCGGCCAGACCCGAACCGCCAAGUGGAUAUAACUACCAGCGCCCAUCCGGAGGACAUGGAGGGCUCCUGGGCGGCGGUGGCGGUGGCGGUCAUGGCGGCGGUCACGGCGGCGGCUUCGGGUCCGCGCACGGCGGAAGUUUCGGAGGUGGCUCAGGACUCGGCGGAAGUUUCGGUGGUGGAUUGUCUCAUGGAAUAGGAGGCUCUGGAUUUGGUGGUGGGUCCGGCUUCGGAAGCGGAUCCAGCGCUGGAUUUGGUGGAUACAGUUCUGGAGGUUCUGCCGUCGUCCAGAAGCACAUCUACGUGCACGUGCCGCCACCGGAGCAGGAGGAGUUCCGGCCACAGAAGCACAUCCCUGUCGGCCAGGCGCAGAAGCACUACAAGAUCAUCUUCAUCAAGGCCCCAUCCCCGCCCUCGUACCAGGCGCCAGUCAUCCCCGUUCAGCCUCAGAAUGAGGAGAAGACCCUCGUCUACGUGCUGGUGAAGAAGCCCGACGAGCAGCCCGACAUUGUCAUUCCCACUGCCGCUCCCACGCAGCCCAGCAAGCCCGAGGUGUACUUCAUCAAGUACAAGACCCAGAAGGAGUCCGUCAGCGGUGGCUACUCUGGCGGCCACGGCGGCUCUGCUGGCGGUCUCGAUCUCGGCGGUCUCGGCGGCGGUCUCGGCGGCGGCCUUGGCGGCGGUCUGGGCAGCGGACUCGGUGGCCACGGAGAUCUGUCCUCUGGAGUGGGCGGCGAUCUCUCAUCCGGACACGGAAGCUCGGGACCAUCCACAUCAUAUGGACCACCCGGUAAAUCUGGCGGGCCAUAUUAAGAACGAUUACGACAAUUCUAGCUAGUCCUAAAACAACUUCUAUUAAGGAAAAAAAACUGUUGUAAAUAUUUUUCCCUUCUUAGUUAAUAACGAAUUUGUGUACCUACGAAUUUUGCAAUAAA